GAAAAGAACACCAUUCUAAUAGAAACUUGGAAACAUAUGAAUCAAGAUGGAGAAGUCAUCACUACUGUCAAUGCUCUAGGUCAUUAUCCCUCUAAAACCGAUUACGAGGCUCUGUUUCUUGAACGCAGCAAGCUACUCCAAAUUAUGUCUGACCGCCUGCGCGGCGACGGGCUCAUCAGAACCUUCACCCGGGUGACUCAUCAGAGCCCGAGCGAGAUGACCGCAGACCAGUAUAUGUGGACAGUAGACAGAAUGUGAAUGAGCAAAGGCUAAUACAUUGUAUUAUAGACAUGGGUGCCCGCUUCGCUUGCGUCUACGGGGUAUUCCCCCCUACUCCAGGGAUCGAAGCAGGGGAGUGUUUCUCGGUGUACCGUAAAGAAACUGCCAUCCUGGGCUUUACCGGGAGAGAUGGUAUUCUCUUUUGGUUCGUCUUCGAGCAUCUGGGGCGAACGGUGCAUUUGUCUGAGGUUCCACGAUAUACAAAUGCAGAUAUCCACGAUUCGUGCAAACCGGUAGGACACUUGAAAAUUUCUACUGACGUAACCUUUCAAGAUGUUUAUGACAAGAGGGAAAUCACUAUGGAAUUUGUUCUAGAAGAGGGCGUCGCCAAAGUAUGGCACACAAAACGUACCGUAAUUGUCGGUGAUGCUGCACACAAGAUGGUACCAAAUACAGCUAUGGGGGCUAACCAGGCCAUGGAAUCAUUUGGCUUGGUGAAUGAACUAUGUAGGGCUUUCAAGCAAUCGCCACAUGGAAAGCCAACUAGCGAAGCUUUGAAUUUGGCAUGGGCCAACGGGUUGACAAAAAAGGUGCCGCACCCCUACAGUGACAGUAGUCAGUCUUGUGUAGAGGGGUGCGGCACUUUUUCUGGCAACAGCCUUGUGGGCCAAUUACCGCAAUCGCGAAUACCACGCACGACAGAAAUCCAAAAACGGGCCAGUAUGACCUGUCGAGCGCAACUACGCCACGAAGGUCCAGCGGCGGUCCAACCACAGGAGUUGCCAACUCUGACGGAUGCAGAUUGGCUUUUUCGGGGUUUCAUGGGGCUUUCAGACGCACAAAUAUUCGAAGGUAUUCCGCUGUCAAACCAGGGGGUAGUUCUACAGCGAGGCAAUGAACAGUUUCAAGCAAAGAUUACGAGAACGGAAGAAUGGUUCCUUGGAGUGCUCUGAUACAAAAAUAGUAGGGUUGGGACAUACGUAAGAAACCACCUAAGUAUUGUGGUAGAAAGAACAGCUGCUUAGUUUCAUACCCA